AUGGCUUUGUCAUUGAAGAACAAGCUAGGUUUUGUGGAUGGUUCUUUACCAAAACCAGCUUACGAUGAUUUUACAUUCAAUGCAUGGGAUUAUUGUAACAAUCUUGUGGUUUCUUGGUUCACUCUCUUAUUGAGUCUGGAGAUAGCAAACAGUGUCAUAUGGAAUGGAAUAGCCUACGAUCUUUGGGAAGAAUUAAAGAAAAGGUUCUAUCAGGGUAAUGUGUUCCAAAUAGCUGAGUUGGAUGAAGAACUUUUCACCUUCAAGCAGGGUGAUCUUUCCGUCAUAUCCUACUUCACGAAGCUGAAAGGAUCCUUUAGCUGUGUUUGUGGGUUGAAAACUAUAAGAAAUUAUAGAGAUGAUACAUUUGUUGUAAGAUUCCUUCAAGGAUUGAAUGAUCAAUACUCAGUGGUUCGCUCCAAUUUGAUUAUGAUGAAGCUCUUACCAACCAUUGAUGCUGCAUUUGCUUCACUCUUACAACAAGAAAGACAGCUUCUUGGAAUGGAUCAACUCGAUCAGAAACCUUUGCUCAAUGCCGUUGAUAAGCAAGCCAAUUUUCCAUCAGCUUUCCAUGGAAGAGGCUGCAGACGAGACAAUAGAAGUGGCAAAGGUAGAGCCUUUGGAGGAAAAAGUCAUGGAAAGCAAUGCUCUUUUUAUGGGAAAAUGGGUCACCUUGUUGAUACCUACUAUAAGAAGCAUGGCAUGCCCCCUCACCUUAAGCAACGCAUGAUUCAAUUCACAAACAGCAUCACUGCCAAGAUCAACAAAGUUGAUGGCAGUAAUACUCUCGGAUUGUACAAGGACAGUAAUGAUUCAAGUGCAUCAUUUACCAUGGAGCAAAAGGAAGCUAUAUUGGCACUCCUACAUCAGCAGACAACAACUAAUCCUCAAAUCUCAUGUGUCAUUUAG